AACAUCACAAUGUCCAAAUUUUGCCUGGUGCUGUGUUGCACAGCCUUCAUUUUAAUGGUCAGUACUAUGCCAACAUAUGCGGGUAUUGCACCUCAUAAACAUGAAAAACACACCAGCAAAGAAAGGCUAAAGGAUGGUGUAUAUCAGGCCAGAGAUGCCCAUCAUCAUGAGAAUGGUGAACACAAUGUGGAAUUUGAUCAUGAGGCUAUCAUAGGUAAUGUCAAAGAAGCCCAAGAAUUUGAUACCCUCUCGCCGGAGGAAUCGAAAAAACGUCUGGCCAUAUUAAUACGUCUCAUGGAUUUAAAUAAUGAUGAGUACAUUGAACGUCAUGAGCUGAAAGCAUGGAUUUUAAGGUCUUUUAAGAAACUUGCCGAAGAAGAAGCAGCCGAUCGUUUUGAAGAAAUCGAUCAGGACAAUGACAAUCAGGUGACGUGGAAAGAAUACCUUCAAGAUGUCUAUGCCAUGGAAGAUGAAAACUACAAAAAGGAAUUGAUCGAUUUCGAUAGCUAUGAUGAGGAACAGAAAAUGAUUAAAGACGACAAGGAAAUGUUCCAAGCAGCCGAUUUAAAUAAGGAUGGCAUGUUAAAUCCCGAGGAAUUUGUACUCUUCCAAAACCCCGAAGAACAUCCACAAAUGUUGCCGCUGGUAUUGGAACACACCAUGCGUGAUAAGGACACCAAUGGUGAUGGUAAAAUUGAUUUCAAAGAAUAUGUCGGAGAAACAGCCGAUCAUCAUGACAAGGAAUGGUUGAUCACCGAAAAGGAACAUUUCGAUAAGGACUAUGACACAAAUAGUGAUGGUGUGCUGUCGGGCAGUGAAGUACUUAGUUGGAUUGUACCCAGCAACGAUGUUGUGGCCACCGAUGAGGUGGAUCAUUUGUUUGCCGCUACCGAUGAUGAUCACGACGAUCGUCUAUCGUAUUUGGAAAUUCUAAAUAACUAUGACACAUUUGUGGGCAGCGAGGCCACCGAUUAUGGUGAUCAUUUACAAAAUAUUCACCAUUUGGCGGAUGAAUUGUAA